UUCCAAAGCAUCAAACAACACACGGAUCAUCUCAUCUCAUCUCAUCUCAUCUCCUUCAAGAAAGCCAAAAGCUUUCUCUUUCCUUAAAUUUCACUUUUGCGGCGUCCUUCUAUCCACUCACAAGAAAGCAACAGAUCAAUAAAUCCCAGAUUAAAGAAAAACAAAAAAGACUCAAACUUUUUCCUCUCUCUCUCUCUCUCCUUCUCCUUGGUUUGCUCAACCAACCAACCAAGUUCUCUUAAAUAGUGAAGAAAAGCUUCGAUUUUUGGGAAGUGGGUUCGUUUUGAAAGAUGGGUUCUUCUGUGGAGCAGAACAUUUUGGUGACUGGUGGUGCUGGAUUCAUUGGAACACACACUGUUGUUCAGCUUUUGAAUCAGGGUUUUAAGGUUACCAUCAUUGAUAAUCUUGAUAACUCUGUCGUUGAAGCUGUUCAUAGGGUUAGAGAGCUUGUUGGUCCUGAUCUCUCUACCAAGCUUGAAUUCAAUCUGGGUGAUCUAAGAAACAAAGGGGACAUUGAGAAACUCUUUUCCAAUCAGAGAUUUGAUGCUGUGAUUCACUUUGCUGGCCUUAAAGCUGUGGGAGAAAGUGUUGGAAACCCUCGUCGUUACUUUGAUAAUAACUUAGUUGGAACCAUCAAUCUGUAUGAGACCAUGGCAAAAUACAACUGCAAAAUGAUGGUCUUUUCAUCCUCUGCAACAGUUUAUGGCCAGCCUGAAAUAGUUCCAUGUGAGGAAGACUUUGAGUUACAGGCUAUGAAUCCUUAUGGUCGUACUAAGCUGUUUCUUGAAGAAAUAGCUAGAGACAUUCACACUGCUGAACCAGAAUGGAAGAUUAUUCUUCUGAGGUACUUCAAUCCGGUUGGAGCUCACGAGAGUGGAAGAAUUGGAGAAGAUCCAAAAGGCAUACCGAAUAACCUCAUGCCUUAUAUCCAACAAGUGGCAGUUGGACGUCUACCUGAACUCAAUGUAUAUGGACAUGACUAUCCCACCAAGGAUGGUAGCGCGGUCAGAGACUACAUUCAUGUAAUGGAUUUAGCAGAUGGCCAUGUUGCUGCUUUAAACAAGCUAUUUUCAGACCCAAAGAUUGGCUGUAGUGCUUUUAAUCUUGGGACUGGUCAAGGAACUUCUGUCUUAGAAAUGGUUUCAGGUUUCGAAAAAGCUUCUGGCAAGAAAAUACCAAUCAAGCUAUGUCCAAGAAGAGCUGGAGAUGCAACAGCUGUGUAUGCUUCAACUGCAAAAGCUGAGAAAGAACUUGGAUGGAAGGCAAAAUAUGGAGUGGAUGAGAUGUGCAGAGACCAAUGGAACUGGGCAAAUAAGAAUCCAUGGGGUUUCCAGAAGAAGCAUUGAUAUUUUCUUUUUAAAGCUUUUCCUUUUCUUUUCACCACUCUCUAAUAAAGAAAAUAUAUAUAUAUUAAAGCUUUUCCUUUUCUUUUCACCACUCUCUAAUAAAGAAAAUAUAUAUAUAUAUAUAUAUAUAGAUGGUUCUUUUAUAUUGCCUACAUCUAUCUCUUCUCUCUUCAAAAAAAGAAAAAGGUUGUAUCGAACGUAUCAUCCUCUUUCAGUUAAUAAAAAAAAAAAAAAAUCAAUUGUAAUAU